CGCGGAUGCGGCGCGCCAGCUGGAUGUCCUUGGGCAUGAUGGUGACGCGCUUGGCGUGGAUGGCGCACAGGUUGGUGUCCUCGAACAGCCCCACCAGGUAGGCCUCGCUCGCCUCCUGCAGCGCCAUGACGGCCGAGCUCUGGAAGCGCAGGUCGGUCUUGAAGUCCUGCGCGAUCUCGCGCACCAGGCGCUGGAACGGCAGCUUGCGGAUCAGCAGCUCGGUGGACUUCUGGUAGCGGCGGAUCUCGCGCAGCGCCACGGUGCCGGGUCGGUAGCGGUGCGGCUUCUUGACGCCGCCGGUGGCCGGCGCGCUCUUGCGGGCGGCCUUGGUGGCCAGCUGCUUGCGCGGCGCCUUGCCGCCGGUGGACUUGCGAGCCGUCUGCUUGGUGCGAGCCAUGGGGAAAGGAAAUUGCAACUGGACAUGCUGUUGUUGUUGCUCCUAUUUAUAAAGAUAUCCGUCAUGCCUGAGCCAGCGAAGUCCGCCCCGGCCCCGAAGAAGGGCUCCAAGAAGGCGGUCACCAAGGCGCAGAAGAAGGACGGCAAGAAGCGCAAGCGCAGCCGCAAGGAGAGCUACUCGGUCUACGUGUAUAAGGUGCUGAAGCAGGUGCACCCGGACACUGGCAUCUCGUCCAAGGCCAUGGGCAUCAUGAAUUCGUUCGUCAAUGACAUCUUCGAGCGUAUCGCGGGCGAGGCGUCGCGCCUGGCGCACUACAACAAGCGCUCGACCAUCACCUCACGGGAGAUCCAGACGGCUGUGCGCCUGCUGCUGCCCGGGGAGCUGGCCAAGCACGCCGUGUCCGAGGGCACCAAGGCCGUCACCAAGUACACCAGCUCCAAAUGUAUUCUGCUUUUGAGUUCUUUCAUGGGGAAUCAACACUACAACCAAUGGGAUGGAUGAGACAUAAUUGUGAAGCAAUUUACACAAACUAGGAAACUUAUAAGAAGUGUAAAUGGGUAAGCAAGAAGUUUGAGAUGUAGCAAAAUUCAAAAUUCAUAUGUUGAAUAUGAAUCACAAAUGAGGAGACUGUGAAGCAUGUUUAAAAAAGGCACCUGAGUACAUUUGGCUUGGAAAGAAAAAUGACCAGAUGUGCCCCUAUACACUGGUUGAUGGGCUGUUGCCAAUGGUUUAGGACUGGAAAGAACAUGACUGGAAAAUGAGUGACAAAGACAUUUGGGGAAGAGAUAUGUAAACUGAUCUCUUCAUAUGAAGAAGGAUGUGAAGACUUUUGUGUCCCAUGUGAAUAUUCAUCAAAAGGUGACCUCAGCAGAGGAAGACUAAUAAUCCAGUGCAUAGGAUGACUCAGUCUGGAUAGCAGUCAACCUUCCCCCAGUCACCCCUGUUAUUGCCCAAUGCACUCUUGAACAAAGUGGCCAUGAUGGCAGGGGUGAAGGUUAUGCAUGGGUUCAGCCGCAUGGACUUCCACUCACCAACACAGACUUGGCUAUGGCCACUACUGAGUGUCCAAUCUGCCAGCAGAGACACUAACACUAAGCUCCUAAUAUGAAAUCAUUCCCCAGGGUGAUUAGCCAGUGACGUGGCAGAAGGUUGAUUUCUUUGGACUACUUCCAUCAGAGGGGCAGCACUGUGUCCCACCCAGGAUAGGCACUUAUGCUGAAUAUGGAUUUGCUUCACCUGCAUAUGACAUUUCUGGCAACACGACCAUCUGUGGAUCACAGAAGGCUUAGCCACUCUCAUGGUGUUCGACAACAUUGCUUUUGACAAGAAACUCUUCACAAAGAAGCGUGGCAAUAGACUUGUGUUCAUGGGCUUCACUGGUCUUUCCAUGUUCCUCAUCAUUCUGAAGAAACUGGUUCAACAGGACUAGUGCAAUGGCCCUGUUAAGACAUGGUUACGACUCCAGGAGGCAGCCAUACCUUGCAGGGAUGGGCAGGAUUCUCCAGAAGAGUGCACAUGCUCUAAACCAACACCUACUGUAAUAUGGUACUGUUUCUCUUAUAUAGCUUAUAGAUUCACAGAUCCAGGUUCGAGGUGGGGGGGGGGGGUUCUACCACAUCCCGGGUGGAUGAGAAAGGGUUAACUGCCAGAGGAUGAUGUUGGUUAUAAAUCAAUCACUCACCCCUAAAACUUAUCUAAUAAAUAAACACACAAGAACCCCUACUCUUUUUAAAUGAGAGGGGUGUGAUGGAUUGGGCCAUACCAGAUCUGGCCUCUAACCACAUUGAGUUCUUCACCUCUUCUUUAUGUAUAGUCACACAGGUAAAGGGGCCCAGACCACAAGGGGCUUCUUCUGUGAUGAACAGGAUGGGGUGGAGUUAGGGGGACCAUUUGCUCAGGGAAACAAGCAUAGAACCAGACAGGGAAACCCUCCCACACAGCACCCCAUAUGCCCUGGCGAUCUGGGACAGUCCUCUGUGGCUGCCAGUUCCUAGAAGUCAGGCCUCUGUGUCCCAUGGCUCAACCACAUCUGAUUCUGUUCAAUAAGGAUGGCUUCACAUCAAGGGAUGGGAAUCAGAAUGGGACCACUUACUGUGACCCCAAAUGACCCUCAAGCAAAAUAUUUGCUUCCUGUCCCCACACCCUUAUGCUCUGCUAGCCUGGCAGCCUUAGUUCUGGAACUGGAAAUACUUCCACCAGGAGGGACUUCCUGAGUAACAGGCUAAGAAGGGAAUUAUGGUGUUGGCAGGAGUGAUUGAUCCAGAUUACCACAGGGAAAUUGGACUAUUAUUCCAUAAUUGAGAUAAGGAAGAGUACUCCUGGAGUGCCAGAGAUCCCUUAGGGUGUCUCGGUAUUACCAUGUCCUCUUAUUAAGGUCAAUGGGAAACUACGACAACCCAAUCCAGGCAGAUUGAGAAAUGGCCGAGUCCCUUCAGGAAUGUAGCUGGGGUCACCAUUCCAGGUAAAGAACCAAUACCUACUGUUUUGCUGAAGGUAGUAAGGGUAGUAAAGAAGGUGACUAUAAAUAACAGCUACAACAUAGCCAGUUAUACAAAUGAUAUUAUAAAAAAUAUUUCCUAUUUUGUUAGGCAUAUGUUUGUGCAUGUCUAUAAAUAUAGUGAACUGAUAUCUUUGUGAUCUUUCCUCUCAUUCUUUUGUCAUUUAACCUUUACUUAUUUAUUAUUAUACUUAUCUGUCAUUAAAUCUACUUUAUACUCCAAGUUAUGGAAUGUUGAGAAUAGUAAACAUCACUCAAAAAAAAAAAAAAAAACUUUUCCUCCUAUUCUGGGGAACAAUCUAAUGCAUUUUUGGUAUAUUAAGGAUAGUUGUAUCAUGUUGGGCAGAAUUGUGUUGAUUUGGAGAUUGAGUACAGUUUAAGGAGAGGUAUGUAGUUGGGUCACAAGGUGACAAGAGUUGGGCUUGUCAUAGCCAAUCGUAAUUACCAACAUGACUGGGUUGAGAGAUGCCUAGGAAACUAGUGAAGCACUUCUGAGCGUGUCUGUGAGGGUGUUUCUAGACACCAUCGGUAUGUGUGUGCGACAGCAAACUGAGGGCAGUACCUUCCAACAAUCUGGGGGCCCAGACGGAACAAAAUUGGAUGAAGGAGGAAGCCUGCCAGUCCCUGUAAGCAGGC